UAGUCGUCAUUGCGAUAAGCUAUACAUUAUAAAAUGAUACAAAACAACAAUCAUUGAUAAAAUAAGUGACACGUAAUGGUAUUCCGGAUAGUCAAUUUUCUUCAUCUAGUAUUAUCCUUCAUAUCAGGAACAUCUUCAUAAUACGGAAAAUAUUCAAUAACAGCAUUUAAUUCUAACAUGAUCGGACUGAAAGUCUACAUCUGCACAACUUACACUUUCUAUUUGUUGGGAUCAACGAUCUUGUGGAUAGUACUGAAUAGUUCAUAUCAUUUUUAUCGGAUAUAUUACAGCGACACACCAAACAAGCGUCAAUAUGAGUACAUUAUAGUAGGCACCGGAACAGCUGGUUCUAUAAUCGCGGCAGGGAUACCAUCCAAUGAUGUACUAGUCCUGGAAGCGGGUUCAAUGCGGUCUAGUCUGAUGGAUGUUCCACUUUUACAACCGCUUCUACAAGGAACUGACUACGAUUGGAAAUACCGAACAGAACCGCAAAAAUAUGCCUGUGCUGCACUAAAUGAAAACCGAAGUGCAUGGCCAAUGGGUAAGGUUUUUGGCGGAACACAUAUGCUCAACAAUAUGAUACAUUACAAAGCGGAAACCAAAGAUUUUGAUGGGUGGUUUGAUCAUGAAGAUGAACUGCAUAGCUUUUUGGAAUAUUUCGACCGAUGGGGUGAAGAUGAAAUGAUUCCAAUUGAACUACCAACAUUUGAGACUGGUCUAGGUACAUCAUUUGUUAAAGCUGCCGUUCAGGCAGGUCUAGAGAAGAAUUUGUUUUAUAAGCCGAACGUAACUACUAGGUAUGGCCGACGUUCAACGGCAAGCCAUUAUUGUUGGGAAUAUUUGCAACAAAAGCAUGAAAUUACUUUAAAUGCUCAAGUAACCCGAGUGAUCGUUCAAAAUCAUAAAGCAACUGGAUUAAUUUUGGACAAAGCUGGUAAAACAUAUCAUAUAAAAGCUUCAAAAGGAAUAAUUCUAGCUGCUGGAACAAUUGGUAGUUCCAAAAUACUUCUUCAAAGUGGAAUAGGUCCCAAAGAACAUUUGAAAGCCGCUGGUAUUGAGACAAUAGUAAAUCUCCCGGUAGGCGAGAAUCUCCAAGACCACAUAACUACCGGCAUGGAUUUAGUUCUUAUAAGCAAACAAAUGCCAAUCCAACCAAUAGAUCUAAUCCAUCCUUCAAAUAUAUGGAACUAUGUCAUAAACGAUGGAAUGAAUUCGUCCUUAUCUUUUGGAGGUUGCGAAUGUCUUGGAUUUGUAAAUCUAGAGUCUAAAUUCAGUCACAAGCUUGGUUUCAUGGUGCUUCCAGUAGGAAUUACAAUUGAUGCAGGAUUGCAUUUGCGAAAUGUGAUUAAUCUACGUGAGGAUAUUUGGCAAAACUAUUUCAAAACAUUGGUGGACCAAGGAUUACAAUCCGUUACUAUCCUUCCCAUUCUACUUCAUCCUAAGAGCAAAGGCUACGUUCGAAUAGAGAACGCAAACUUACAUUCCAAUAUAAUUAUAGACCCGAAUUACCUACGAGAAAAAGAAGAUAUUGAAAUUCUUAUAACAGGACUAAAAAUACUUCAGAAUAUUGAUGCGAAAGUCUUUUUUUCGGAAGUGAUUCGUACUGGGAGUGCUACAUAAGGGCAUUGACACUCACAUUAUACCAUUCGAUUGGAACUUGUCGAAUGGGAGCUAAGCAUGAUCCAGAAGCUGUUGUUUCGAAC